UAUGAACUAAUCUGGUCAGAGUGGUACGUGGUUUGAUUCAGAGAUGGGCAUGGAGGAACAAGACUCGGAGAAGAAGGUGGAGAUCGUCCUCAAAACUAUUGGUCCUGCACGCCCCUCUCGCCUCCUACUUCCUUCUUCCAUCAAGGUGCGUGAUUUGAGGAGGUUAGUUGCUGAGAAUGUUAAUUUACCAAUUGAGAACUUGAGUCUUAUUCUGCGUGGAUGUGCUUUGUGUGACAUGAAAAAUGGAGAUGAAUUAUCUGUACAACUCAAUGAUGGAGAUAGCUUGAUUGUUGCUGUCAAACCAAAGCCACCCGUGAAGGAUGAAUAUGACAAUGAUGAUGAUGAUGAAGAUCUGAAGUUUCGGCUUCCUCACUCAUCAAGUCGGUGGAAGAAGUGGCUUUACACUUUUCUACACGAUAACUUGAAGCUUCCAGAUGUUGUUUUGAUGGUAAUUUUCACUCUGAGUCUGAAGGCGUGGCUUCUCAUAACUUUGUGGUUUAUCCUUGCUCCUGUCGCCCACAGAUGGGAUCUCGGACCUUUGUAUAUACUUGCAACUGGCUUUUGUCUCAUUCUCUUCAACCUUGGAAAGCGCCAAGCUGGUGACAUCAGUGCAUAUUCUAUCUUCAAUGAAGACUUCAGAGAGCUUCCAGGGACGCUUAACGCAGAUCGGCUUGAUAGAGAUAUAAGAGCAGGACAAUUUUGAGCCUUGCCGCACUCUUUUCAAUCUCCCCGACAUUGAUGUCAAGUCACAUGAUGUAUAUCUGCAGAAUCACAAGGAGAUAAUUGACUAUCCAAAGAGUUAACAAGUACAGUACCAAUGAAAAUGACAAAGUUUUCCAUUAGACCUGCGCCCCUUCUGUGUAUAUAUCAUGUACGAUGUACUGAUACGAUUGAGAUGAACGUUUCAUUGUGGAUUAUUGGGUCUAUGUCUCUGCUACCGAGGCUCCUGUUUAUGAAUUUCAGAGUUCACACUUUUGGUGCAGCGCCCACCUUUGGGCCAUAUAUGCAGAGAUUUGUCAGGAAUCAAAAAUUGAGAGUGGUAUUUUAAUACUGUUAAGACUAUA